AUGUCUAAUUUUGGCCCUAUCGAUACCAGUGUUCUGUACGGGCAAUUAAAUCAUCGGUCUGAGGAUGUAUCUGAAAAUCCGGAUACAACAUUAUCCGUACGACGUGGUGAUAUAGCGUUUUUUCGUGUCCUCCAACUAGCACCACGCCAUGUUCGUGUUUUGCAAGUACUCCAAAAUAUGGGGUUUCUUGGUGUUUUGCAGUGUGGGCAUGUUGAAAUUGACACCCACUUAAUUACUGCAUUAGUGGAAAGAUGGCGCCCCGAGACACACACAUUUCAUUUUUCGGUGGGCGAAGCAACCGUGACACUGCAAGAUAUCGCCGUCAUCUGGGCACUCCCGGUGGAAGGUAAUCUUAUUACCGGGGUAGAUAGAAGGUGGUCGUAUCAUAUAUUCCGUACUCAUAAGGCGCACAAUGCUCUACGUAUAAUAAGGGACGUGUUAGAUCGUAUGCAAUUAAAUGAGUUUAUUUGGACUCCGUAUAAUAAUAUUGCCGUCGAGCUUGAGGCAUUGCCCUAUUAUGCAAUGCGCACAACGUGGAAUAUACGAUGCCCAUUGAUCAAUUAUUCGCUGGUGGAGAUGCAUCACCCGGAGAGGGUUCUUCGCCAAUUUGGCUAUGUGCAAGACAUCCCCCAAAACCCAUUGAUCAGUGAGCGUCGUUUACACUCAAUAGAUAGGCGAGGACGUCAGGACAUGGACUGGGCAACGUUUCACGCGGACUACAUUGCGAAAUGGAACGAUGUGCAAUCAAUGGUGGUGGAAGGACCCAUUAUUGAAGGUGGUCGUGAUACCGUUCCUGACUAUAUGAACUGGUAUCAUCAAAUUACUCGGGUCCAAAUUUCACAAAACAUAUUGUCUACGAACACGCCGGGUUAUCGACCGACUGACACCCGUGAUUGGGAAUAUGUGUAUAAUAGAAUGGAGCAGCUAGUGAUUGAUUGUGAAAAUGCCGGAGAUGAUCAGCAGUCGUUAAGAGAUACUCGAGCGCGAGCGCGUACGAUCGGACGUGAAAUUAUGAACUUUUCUAGUUCACGGUAUCCAAGCGUUCGAGUUAGACCGACAGACACAGCUCGUGGGAACGCAUUCACAGAGGCUGGUCCGUCGAGCGUACAUGCCGAGGCCGGUCCAUCUACUGGUCGGACAGAUAUUUAA